CCUUGCUCCGUGGUGGCUCUGUGAGGCUGCGUGUUUGUCUGUGUUUGCGUGACUCUUCGUGUGUUUGCAUGAGGCAGAUCUCUGCAUGUGCUUUGCAUGAACAAGCAGACGGCCGCCUGCACUCAGCUCCGGCCACAGACGUCCCCAGAUACCAGAUACCACCAUGCUGCUCGCCAUCAUCUCCCUCCUCGGACUCUGCGCCAACCCAACUUGCCAAGGGGCAACGGGCACAUCUCCUCUGUUUGCAGGGAAGGAUUUUGUUACAGUCUUCAUGGACAUCUCCUCCCUGGGGAUGCCGGACACGCGGUUCGACCUCCUCCUCCAUGGCCUCGAAUGCUGUACCCUGGUUAACGUGACAGUGAAGGGAACCUUCUUCUCUCAAACCUACACCAUCCAGCAGGGGGAGACAACCAACGUCACCCUGCCCGCCAGCAUCAUGCUCGCCGGCAGUUCUGUAUUCACCGCCGGCACUGUUCUGGUCACAUCCGAUAAGGACAUCUGUGUCUCCUCACAGGUCUGGGCCAACGGUGGCUUUGACUGGUCCUACGUGUACCCAGUAGAGUUACUGGGAAUGCAGUAUUACACCAUCACAGCUACCUCCGUCCUACCUGGCAGCGCCCAGUUCGCUGUGGUCAGCGGUAACACCAGCACCUCGGUCACGGUCACUCUGAAAGCGGGUCCGGUGGUGUUCAGAGGAUCCACUCUGACGGCAGGUAGUUCGGUGACGGUGAAUCUGGCGCCCUACGGAAGCGCCCAGUUCCAGCUGGAUGGUGACCUUUCCGGAUCCAUUAUCCUAGCGAGCCAGCCGGUGGCCGUCCUGGGCGGCCAUCAACUCUCACAGCAGUAUUUACAGUACAGCUUUGGCUAUGUCUAUGAGCAGCUGAUGCCAACGUCUAGUUGGGGCAGGGCAUUCCUGGUGCCCCCGCUGUCUUUGCCGCAGCGGAAGGAUGAUAAAGUGGCGGUGGUCGCCGGCGAAGUCACCCGCGUCAGGGUGUAUAACGUUUCCCUCCUGAUUGCUGAGCAGAGCCUCGGUCGCACAGAUGUGAUGCAGAUUCCGGUGAACGUGUCCGCGCUUCGCAUCGACGCCGACCAUGAUGUGAUGGCCGUUUAUCUCUGCGCUGGAAGCUCCCUCGCCGCAAACUCAUCGCUAAGACCCUACGUGUCCAUCCUGCUCCCGACCACCAUGUUCCGGACAGCGCAGGUGGCACUUGUUCCGUUUGGCCAGCACAGCCAGCUCCUAGUCGCGGCCACUUCUGGCCAAACCUCGGACGUGACUGUGGACGGGAUUCAGGUUAGCUACACGUGGGAUGACAACUCAUUCAGAGACUGGAAGUUCUCGUGGAUCGAGGUCUCGGUGGGAGAAGGGUCUCACUACAUACAGCAUUCGGCCGGCAAAUACGUCUGGGUGACAUCAUACAGCUUCAGUGGGAACGCGUCGGGAGCUUCGAGUCUCGCAGGAAAUGCUUCAUUCUCGCUUUCUAAUACCGGCUGUGACUGCGAACCACCAAGCAAAGUCCCCACGCCAACCGGCAGCUCCACCAACACUGGAUCCACCUCCACAAAUACCAAUGGUCCUGGCUCCACCCCCAAAGUCUCCAUUGCCCCUGGCUCCACCCCCAAAGUCUCCAUCGCCCCUAGCUCCACCCCCACAACCUCCAUCACCCCUGGCUCCAGCCCCUCAAGCUCCGCUGAAUCUGUCACCUGGUCCUCCAUCGUCACAAGCUACUCCUACAGCUCCUCUGGGAGAACGAUGGCCGCCUGUGAAGGUGACAUGGCGGACCUCUUCUUGGUGAGGACACCCUUGGGUUGGUGGGACGCCCUCCGCUACUGCCGCCACCAUUACACCGACUUAUUCAGUGUCCCAGACGGUAAGGCCCAGCAGCUGGUGACCAGCGCAGCCAGAAGCCUCAACGUCCAGGGUCUGUGGAUUGGACUCCGGCGCCAUCGGGUGUGGGGCCACCUCUACUGGACGGACGGGGAGCCCGUGAACUACGUGAACUGGGGGGAAAGGGAGCCCAGUGACCCGCUGUCCAAACUCUGCACCGCAAUGUCCUCCCAAAAUAACUUCACGUGGGAUGACGUGUGCUGCGACACGGAGCUGAGCUUUAUCUGUUACUGA